AUGAAUGUAGAUAUGACAUCACUCAAUGGAAAUGAAUAUGAAGAAGUUAAAAAUUAUAGGAAUAAUACUAAUAUAGAAAAUAAUCUAUAUGAAACCGAUAUAUCAACUACAUUCAUUCUACCUAUAAUGACAGAUGAACAAAGAUUAUUAUCAAAAAUAUUAAAUGGUUAUGAUACAGCAUCUAGACCAAUAUUUAAUGCAUCUAAAAGUGUACAAGUUGGAUUUCAAUUUACAUUAAUACAAAUUAGUCAAUUGGAUGAAGUAAACCAAGUACUUACAUUAAACGUAUGGAUUGAACAGGAAUGGGUGGAUGAAAGACUUACAUGGAAUCCUCAAGAUUAUAAUAAUCUUUCAAGAAUAAGAAUUCCAUGUCAAAAAUUAUGGUUACCAGAUAUUGUAUUAUAUAAUAGUGCAGAUGAUUACAAAACAGAUUAUAUGCAAAGUAAAGCAAUGGUACAAUUCAAUGGAAAUGUAUUUUGGCCACCACCAGCUAAAUUACGAUCAACUUGUAAAAUUGAUAUUACCUAUUUUCCAUUUGAUGAUCAAUCAUGUACUAUGAAAUUUGGUUCAUGGACAUAUGAUGGUUGGCAAGUGAAUGUAAUUAAAAGACAUGAUGAAGUAGAUAUAUCGAAUUAUGUUGAAAAUGGUGAAUGGGAUCUACUUAAAGUUGUCGUAGAAAGACAUGAGAUAUUUUAUCCAUGCUGUAAUGAACCAUAUCCUGAUUUACGAUUUACAAUUUAUAUGCGUCGACGUACACUUUAUUAUUUAUUUAAUAUCAUUUUUCCAUGUUUAUGGUUAACUGUAUUAAGUUUAGUUAGUUUUUGGUUACCUCCUGAUUCUGGUGAAAAAAUUACACUUGGUAUAACUGUAUUAUUAGCAUUCAGUGUAUUUAUGUUAUUGAUUGCAGAGAAUAUGCCAGCUACAAGUGAAUUUGUACCUUUAAUUGGUGUUUAUCUUACAGUAACCAUGACAAUGACAUCAUUAUCAAUUAUAUUAACUGUAUUAGUAUUACAUCUCCAUCAUACUGGAUCUAAUCGUCAACCUGUACCAAAAUAUAUAAAAAAAAUAUUUUUUAAUUUUAUAGCAAAAUUAUUAUGUUUAAAUAUUGUCUAUCGAUAUCAAAUGAAACAAGAUCAAUCAAUGAAGUUAACGAAACAAACAAAAUUGAUUUUAGAUCAACUUCAAAAUGAUCAACAACAGAAUGAUCAAUAUUUAUCUUCUUCUAAUCAUUAUUUACCAUCGGAUGUAUUAACUUCUAAUAGACAAACAAAGAAACAAGUAUCAUCUAAACAGUAUAAAGAAAACUUUAUUGAACAACAACAUCAUCAUCAUCAUCAGGAACAAUAUGAAUCUAUAAUGAUGAAUCGAUUGAGUUCCACUAAUUUAAAUCGAAUUCAUUCAAUCAAUGAACCUAAACCAACUGUACAUGUCGUUCGAUUAGUUGAUAAAGAAGAAGAUCAACAAUCAACUUCCAUAAAGAAGAAGAAUCUAAAUCAACAAAUGAUUACUAAAUAUAAACAAUAUGAAAUGUCCUAUGAUCAUCGUACAUAUUAUACAAGAUCUACAGAUGAUCUCAUAGAUAAUGAUGCUGAUGAUGUCACACUACUGAAUUCUUUUAACAAACAUCAACAUACUACUCACAGUAGUAUAAAUCAUUUUAAAGAAUUUCAAUGUUUAUUAACAAAAUUAUCAAAAAUUUUACAAAAAACAGAAAAACAACAAAAAAUUAUAGAAAUUUAUUUAUCUAAUUUAUAUUAUAAACAAUAUCAUGAACAAUCCAUUAUUGAUAUCAUUAAUGAAUGGCGUAUAUUAGCUGUUAUUGUUGAUCGUAUGUUAUUUUGGUUAUUUUUAUUUAUUGCUAUGAUAGCAACCAUUGUAAUCUUAUUAAUUAUGCCAUUAUUUAAACCAACUUUUGCAUAG